GUCCUUGAAUGCAGCAUGGGUUUCAUUCCGGUUCAGGAGGAGUCAUUUGCUGACAGCAUUAAAGAGGUAAAUCCUAUCCUGAGAGACACAGCUGGAUCUGUAGAGCUGCUCUUUAUCACUUCAUCACAUCCUCAUCUGUCUCAGUUUCUCACCAGUUGUGGAUCAUUGCAUGUAUCGUCGAUCAACUGCAGGAAAAUGGCCUUAGUGUCUCAGAUUUUGAGUCAGCUCACACUGAGUUAUGGAGGGGAGAAAGAACCUAAAUGUCCUACACUACUGCCAGUUUUCGAUUUUAAUCCAGACAUGGAUGCGGCCAGAAUAGAGACUGCCAUUAAAACCAAAGGUGUGGAUGAGCAGACAAUCAUUGAUAUUCUAACAAGACGCAGUUACUUACAAAGGACUGAAAUUGCGUUUGUGUAUGAGAAAAGAGCAAAAAAGGAUUUACUGAGUGCCCUGAAGGGGGCGCUUUCUGGUCCUCUGGAGAAUUUGAUUCUGGGGAUGAUGAAGAGCACACCACAGUUUGAUGCCUCUGAACUAAAAGUUUCAGUGAAAGGGUUAGGCACUGAUGAGGAGAGUCUCAUUGAAAUUUUGUGCUCUCGCAAUUCUGAGGAGCUGGCGGAGAUCAAGAAGGUUUAUAAAGAAAUGUUUAAGAAGGACUUGGAUAAGGAUGUAGCUGGAGACACAUCUGGAGAUUUUGCUAAACUGCUGUUGGCCCUUGUACAGGGCAAAAGGGAUGAGCCAACUAGCGUGGUGGACUAUGAAAAGAUCGACAAUGAUGCAAGAGCUCUUUAUGAUGCUGGAGUCAAGAGAAAAGGAACUGAUGUAACCACCUGGAUAUCAAUAUUCUGUGAGAGGAGUGUCCCACACUUGCAAAAAGUGUUUGAAAGGUACAAGAGAUACAGUCCAUAUGACAUGAAGGAGAGCAUUCGUAAAGAAGUGAAGGGGGAUCUGGAGAAAUCCUUCCUCACACUAGUUGAGUGUUUAGAAAACAAGCAUCUUUAUUUUGCCAGCAGACUCAAUGAUGCCAUGAAGGGUAAAAGUGUAAAAGACAAAGUAGUGACCCGCAUCAUGGUCUCUCGUUGUGAGAUUGAUCUCAUGAAAGUCCGCGCUGAGUUCAGGAGGAACUUUGGCAAAUCUCUGCACCAGACAAUUUCUGAACAAACUAAAGGUGAUUACCAGAGAGCUCUUCUGAAUCUCUGUGGAGGAGAUGACUAAUUAAAUUAACUUUAUUUUAACCUGCAAAUGUCCUGAGUUUCAAACAAUACAUUACAAUUACUGUUACUAUUACUACUAGAAAUGCAGUAUAGACAGAUAUCUUUAUUACUAGUUAAACUGGUCAUAGUUUUCUCAGACUAAGAAAGAGAAAUAAAGAAUUGUAAAAUAAUGAUGAAUCAUUAAGAUGUUUAAAAUAGUUGUUGUUAUUCAUAAAAAUGUAUUCAUAAAAAAUCUAACGUCAGGUGUUGAAUAUUAUUUUGCUGGUAAAUCAAAUAUUUCAUCUGUUCCACUAGAGGUCACUAGAGUUAUUUCAUCAACAUCAAAUGUCAAAAAAGAAAAAAAAAAUGGGUAACGCUUCACAAUAAGGUUGUAUUUGUUAACAUUAGUAAAUGCAUUAGCUAGCAUAAAGUAACAAUAAGCAAUAUAGUUUAUCAUCAUGUAUUAAUCUUUGUUAAUGUUUGUUUAGGCCAAUAGUUAUUCAUGUUAGUUGUUAGUGCAUCAACCAAUGUGAACAAAUACAACUUUUGAUUUUAAAACGUAUUAGUAAAUUCUGAAAUGACCAAAAACUUUAAGAUUAAUAAAUGCUGUAGAAUUGUGUAGGUUUAUUGAUAGCAUAAUGCAUGUUAACAAAUACAGCCUUAUUUUAAAUUGUUACAAAAAAAGUGUUACAAAGUGAACAUAAGUUUAUAACAAUAUCCAAUUUGAAUGUAAUUAAAAAUCAUAAAAAUUAA